AUUUCAUCCUCAUCCUUUUGCGAUAGAUCCUCUGUUUCUGUUUUACUUCAGGGGAUGAUGACACAUGACUAUUGGAAUGACGCCGCCGCCCAUUCUUCAACCUCCGCCGUCUCUGUGGCGGCUGAAGACCCGCUCCCGCCCACCGCCGCGGCUUCAUUUCAGGGUGUCUUCCCUUCUCAGUGUUUGCCGGUUGCUUCCGUCGACGGCGCUGGAAAUCAUGCGCUAUUGCUGAAGCCGUUUUUCGUUGAUCGCGGCGAUGCCGCCAGAGUAACUCCGCCGCGUCCACCCCACCGCCGCCGUCCGUCGUCGUCGCCGUCUCCGGCUCCGGUUUCCAGAGUUUUCCCGUGCCUCUACUGCUCGCGCAAGUUCUGCACUUCCCAGGCGCUCGGCGGCCACCAGAACGCCCACAAGCGCGAGAGAGCCGCCGCCCGUCAGAAAUUGUACGGCAGCGGAGGCGGAGGCGGAAGUGUUUAUGGGCCCGAGAAUCACCGCCGUCCACCCGUUCAUCAUGAUCAGUACCACGACAACUCCAACAACCGCUACUACUGGCUCCAAGCGCCUCCGCUCGUCCAGCUUCCCGACGGCGGCGCCGGCGGAGGCUUUCGCUCAAUGGGCGGCGACCGCCACGUCUACUUUCCGUGCCCACCCACCAUGGCUUGCUGUGACGACGUCCUUGAAGACGAGGAUAGUCCAAGUACGGGAUCUGGGUCGCCAAUGCCGCCGCCAUUAUUGUCAUUGGAGACGCUCUCCGGCAUCCAUGACAUCGCCGGCAGCUUCGCUCCGUCGCUUCCCCAUUAUCUGGAUCUGGAUGAAAACAACAUUGAUCUCUCUCUUCAUCUCUAGUUAAUUAGCUUAUUAGACGAUAAUACGGAAUAUAAAACAUUAAUGCAUCUCCUAAUUAUCUUUCGGGAAGAUUAGUACUUCGUAUUUAAGUACUCCGUAUAUCUAUUUGCGGAUGGAUCGGAGUUUUAACUAAUGGACAUUUAGCCACCAUUGACAUUAAUUACGACAUAUUCGAGUAUAUACGGGUAUCUUUUA